AUGAGGAAUGGCAAAGAAGGCACCACCAUCCAGGAUAUCAAUACAAAAAUAAAUAACAUACGUAGCACGUAUUCACAAGAAAAGAUGAAGAUUAAAAAGUCACAAGGAACUGGAUCGGGGGCUGACGAUAUGUAUACACCAUCUGUCCCAUGGUUCGAAAUAGCCGACAGAUUUCUGUCUGAAAUGAUUAAGCCGAGAAAAACCUUUCAAAAUCUGGUACAAUUCGACGAGUCAAGUUUCCCUUCCCCAGAUGCAUUAUCAGAAAUCCCUUCACAAGAGGUGCCAGUCUUACCAGAUAUACCACAUUCACCGGAUAUACCUACCAGCCCUCCCUCAGAUUUGUGUGCCCAUCCAUCGCCUAAUAGUAGCCAUUUUACUGUACCCCCGCAUCCAGCUAGGAAACGCGCAAAGAGAGCAUUGCCUCAACAUAUUGAAAAAUCAAUCGAGACACUCCAGUCAAUUAAAAAUCAAGCUCUGUGUAAUAGAGAAGUAGAAGACGAGUUCUAUUAUUUUGGCAAAAAUAUUGCUAGCCAACUACGACAACUACCACUAACCGAUGCUCUCGAUGCUCAGACAGAAAUUUUAAAUUUAUUAAGAAUGAAAAGGCAGCAUAUUCUCCAGCAGACUAGCUUUUCUAGCUACUCACCACAAUCUGAAUGCUUUAUCGAAAUACCAGACCAUGUGGAUAUAUUUGAUGCUGGUCAAAAUAUUCCCAUUCGAGUUUUAAAAACAUAUACUCCACCAAAUACUGUCAUUCAGGCAACAGGGUCUGAAAAUGACGUUCGAGCAGAGAAUAUAUUAGAAGAGGCUAUAAGAAACAUACGGACUAUUAGUGAAGAUGCUGUGCCUGAAGAUCCUGGAAAAUAA